AUGUCGCGUUGCUUUCCGUUCCCACCACCAGGAUAUGAAAAGAAGGCCAGGAGUGAUGAUGUCGACCUACUAAAAAAGUACCCAGCAAUGGAGGACAGCAAGAACAGGUUGAACAAACUACCCAAAACUACUGUGGACACAGUGGAAGGAGAUGGAAAUAUCUUUGCCUGGGAGAGUAGGGUUCUACUUGAGGCCGAUAAGAUGGAGAAGGAAAGCGAGAAGAAGCACAAGAAGGAGAAGAAAGAUAAAGAGAAGAGAGAAGAUAAAGAAAAGAAGGAGAAAGAUAGGAGUGAUGGAAAGCACAAGGAUAAGAAAGACAAAAAGGACAAGCAUAGAGAUAAAAAGGAGAAGGAUAGAGAUAAGGAUAAAGAAAAAAGCAGCGCCUCAGAUGAAAAGAGACUUCCGGGGCAAGCUAAGCUUCACAAUGGAGGAGAUAAAGCCUCGGAUGAAAGGAAACUUACUGGGCAAUCUAAGCAUAUCAAUGGAGAUAAAGCCUUGGAUGGCGGGAAACUUCCAGAGAAAUCAGAGGGUAAUGGUGGAGAGAUUUGUACUCAGAAGGGGAAGGAAAGGGAUGUGGAUAAGAAUAGCAUCUCUGGUGAGAAGAAAUUUGCUGGGCAAUUUUCAGGUUAUAAUGAUGAGAAACUCAUUCAAAACAACAGCAAUUUGUAUAACCAUCCUAAGGAUUCCAAACUUGCACAAGAGCUGGGCAAGAGAGUCAGAGAUGAAGACAGAAACCAGUUCUUUGAGAAGUUCCCUGGUGCAGAUGCAAAAGGGGAUGAGGGAAGGGUCAGACUGGUGGCGAAAGCCCCUGGCAAUUGGGCUGAAGGAAAAGAAAAGAAGAGAGAUGAUGAUAGAAAGUUGGAUGGGCAAGAGAUCAGGGAUGAGGCAAGAUUUUCUGGAAGUGCUCAGACCCUUUCUGCAACAUUUCAGGCUAGAAUUGAUGGAACACCAAGACCACUGGACAAAGACAUUGAGAAGAAGAUGGAAGGAAAAGAUAAGACCAAACAGAAGGAAAGCAAUGAUAAACUCAGCAAUAAACGCAAGGAUAAAGAGAAAAAAGGCAAAGAAAAGGACAAAGUCAGGGAUAAGGAGAAGAAAAAGGAGGAGAAAGCAAAGGAGAAAAGUGAGCAUAAGAAGAAGGAGCCAGGUAAAUUGAAGGAAAGCAGUAUGUCUGACGUUGUAGGUAACCAUACUGUAAAAACCUCCCAUCUUCCCAAGGAGAGCACAAAUAGUGCUGUCAGUGAAGUAAAUAUCAUGAAACGAAAGGACUCGGACACAAAUGGAUUUUUGCACGCUAACAAUAUUAAGCCCAAUAAGUUGCCAAGACAUACUUCCUCCUUGCCUCUAUCAGCUGAGAAUGGAAGGAUGUUGGGAACUUGCCAUAAUCCCACGGCAGCUAUACAAGGUAAGCAGGAGGCUAUCAAUAGCGAUAAGGUGGAUAAUAAAGGACACAAGAUAAAUGGUUUGAUAGAAGGUCAAUCUUCGUCCAUCUCCUCAACAGCUCAACCGCUAUCAAUCUCUUUAAUGAAGUCUUUAACAAAGCCAUCACAUUCAACUGCACAAACUGAUCAAAUAGCUGAAGUGUCUACGAAACAACCCCAUCCAGAUUCCAAGUAUCUGCCUGAGGUGCUUACAGUACCCAAAAUUGAAGAGUGGCCUGAUUUUGAUGACCAAGAGUGGCUAUUUCAGAGUACUAUUUCCCAAACAAAGAAGCCCGAGGUUGGGUUUUCUGGGGUGGACGAAACACCACAGGUGUGGUCAGAAGCUCUGCAGAUUGAGUCAGCUGAUGGUUAUGCACUGCCAUACUUGGACAUGGUUGGCCAUCCUGCAUCAUCAAAUGUGAUGGACGUUCCAUAG